AUGGUUGUGUGUAAAUACUUCCUGAAUGGAAACUGCAAGUUUGGCAGCAAUUGCAGAAACGAGCAUCCAGGUGCCGGGCUCGCAAAUCAGAAUAGGUUUGGCGCGUUAAGCGGCGGUGGUGGCGGCGGUCGCUUUGGAGGCGGCGGAAACAGCGAAGCUUCAGGCCGCCAGGAUGGCUGGCGAAUCAGUGCCGAAGAUGUCAGGAAUGACAUGACAGAAGGAAAGGGUCGGCCAAAAUGGAUCUUGACGGCAUACGGCCCGGGGAGGACACCACCGGCUUCUUUACUGGAGGCUAACGAACUCAGUCCGGAGGAAGUACGCGCACGCUUCUAUGAACUGGCUAGUCAGGGAAAGCAGGCCGAGGCGGAUCAAGAGGCUAUAGCACUGUGGAACAAGGCCGUCCAGGACAUGGCCCAAAUUGCCAGCAACGCCUCCAACGUGGUCAAAUUCAUGGAGGAAGCAGACAAAAAGCAUCCCAACAGAUACGACUUUCUCAAGAUGGAUGGGACAAAGACUCGCGAUCAGUUCGCCCAGGAGUUUGCGAGCAACGCCCCCUCAAGCACUCCCUUUGGACAAUCUCCCACCCCAAAUCCGUUCGCGAAGCCUGCUGCCUCAACAUUUGGUCAACCAUCCCAGCCGUCCAUGUUUGGUGCAACUGGGGCUCCUGCUGCCGGGUCGGCGCUUGGCAAGCCAGCGUUCGGACAAAGCGGGUUCGGCAGCGGCGCAACACAAAAUGCUACAGGCAGCCCAUUCGGGCAGGCGGCAGCUUCGAGCCCUUUCGGCCAAGCUUCAUCCAACAGCGCAUUUGGAAAACCAGCAUUCGGCAGCGCUGGAUUCGGUCAACCAUCACAGCCGACCUCGACUUUUGGACAGCCUUCACAACCAACAUCUACCUUUGGGCAGCCGUCACAGCCAACAUCGGCAUUCGGUCAACCGGCAUUCGGCUCGUCCGGAUUUGGAGCAAAUGCGCCCAAGAAUCCGUUUGGGGCCGCUUCGGCAGCAUCAGGCUUUGGUCAGGCAUCACAACCAAAGUCGACUUUUGGGCAGCCUACCCAACCUACUUCGACGUUUGGCCAGCCUAGCCAGCCCACAUCCACGUUCGGACAGCCAAGUCAACCAUCGUCCACAUUCGGACAGCCAAGUCAACCAUCGUCAACGUUUGGCCAACCAUCUCAACCGACCUCGACGUUCGGUCAGCCGACAACAGCAUCAGCAUUCGGAAAGCCUGGAUUCGGCUCUUCUCCAUCAACAUUUGGUCAGCCCUCGCAACCUGCUUCAGCACCUGGCCAGGCCGCCCAAUCAAGUCCCUCGCCUUUCGGCCAAGCAGCGGCUGCCACCACUACCACCGCGGCAUCGCCAUUCGGGCAACAACAGCCUUCGUUCGGCCAAGCCAGUGCGCCAGCCAAUCCAUUUGGAGCCAGACCAGCUGCAGCGACAACAGAAGCACAACCAAAUGAUCUGGCAAUGGACACGGCGACGCCGGCGCCGUCCCGACCGGCUUCGCGAGCAAACCCAUUCGAUGCUGCUCAACCUGCGCAACCUACGCAAUCGGCCACCUCCACAACGGUUCAGGUCCAGCCAGCUGCCGCGAAACCGAUCAUCAAUACCUCGACAACACCACAUCCUCUCACGGGACGACCUCCCCAUGCAGUACACUACACGCAGACUCUCCCACUCCAACCGACGCAAAAGAAUGCAUCGGGUCAAGUGACCGCCUACCGUGGCCAGCGAGUGGACUACGUGGACGGGGUACCAUGCUACAGACGGCCAGAUGGUAAAGGGUUGGAAAAGAUCUGGUUCCCCGAUGCAGGCGCGACACCUGAUGUGGUCGCUCUGAAUCGUGAGGACAAGAUCGGAGAUACGCAGGGCCAACUGGAUGAAUAUACGGACGACAUCAAGGACAGGUAUAAGUACUUGUUUGAGGAGGGACGGUUUAGAGAUGGGAAGAUCCCGCUGGUCCCGCCGUUAAGGGAGUGGAGUGUUUAUGAUUUUUGA